CCACUCUUAGCGCAUCUGCAAACCUCGGAACAGAACGAUGUGAGGUUGCGUGGAUAAUAUAGCAACAAUACUGAUGCAGGUUUUUCAGGAUUUCAUUUGGUGUAAAUUAGACUUACUUUAAAAAGUAAUUGAAUGUACUUUAGUUUCAAAGGGCAAAUGAUCGACCACAGAAAUUUAAAUAUUUGUAAUUAUCAGUCAUCAUCUAUUUAGUUGAAUUAAUUAUAUCAUGGGCGCGUGUAAAUUUGGCAGUUUUUACGCGUGUGCGCACGUAUGUUUAUUCAUUUGGAAACUGCAAGCUGUCCAAUCUCAGCGACAUCCACCAGAGACAAGGCCAGUAAAUAACCAAGUGCCAGGUAUACGACAGACAAUACAAUGGGCGCACAAUGGUAAAGUUUUUAGCCUUCUGAGUCACGGCUCGGAAUAUCGACCACCAAAGCAAAGAGGCGCCAAUAAAGAGCAGGAGAGACCUGUCACCAUCAUUAGCGAUGGGGAAGCCAACAAGCCUUCUGACUCCUCAAGACAGCCUCCCUCAUCUACCCACACAGUGUCCGGUGCAGGAGCGCGCCCGCGCUGGCUACCACCUCAAGUUCCAAGGCCCCCGAGGGGACAGGGGCACCAGCAUCAGGAUGUCCAUCCAAGUGGCCAUGCAGAAACUAAGGCAAAUGGCACGACGAAUGGGACACAGGACAAACCGUCCCCAUCGCCGAGAAGAGAAGACAUGAUGGCAGGGGAUGAUCCUUACAACCCAUACAAGACCUCAGAUUCAGAUAAUCCUUACUACAAUUACUAUGACGUGUACGAGAGUCCCAGGCGCAGAGAGAGACCUGGAUAUGGCACAGGGUACCAUCAGAACGGUCUGCCUGAUCUUGUGCCAGACGCAUACUACAUUCAAGCCUCCGUAUAUGUCCAGAAAGUUCCUAUGUACAACCUCAGAUGUGCAAACGAAGAGAAUUGCUUGUCAAGUUCGGCCUACAGAGCGAGAGACUAUGACACCCGCAUGCUGCUGAGGUUCCCACAACGUGUGAAGAACCAGGGGACAGCUGACUUCCUGCCAAGCAGACCGCGCUUCUCCUGGGAAUGGCACAGUUGUCACCAGCAUUACCACAGCAUGGAUGAGUUCAGCCACUAUGACCUGCUGGAUUCAGGUGGCAGGAGUGUGGCUGAGGGACACAAGGCCAGCUUCUGCCUGGAGGACAGCUCCUGUGACUACGGCUACUACAGACGCUUUGCCUGUACCUCACACACCCAGGGCCUGAGUCCAGGAUGUUAUGAUACCUAUAACGCAGAUAUCGACUGCCAGUGGAUCGAUAUUACAGAUGUGAAACCUGGGAACUACGUCCUGAAGAUCAGUGUGAACCCCAGCUAUCAGGUUCCAGAGUCUGACUACAGCAACAACAUUGUGCGCUGUGAGAUUCGCUAUACUGGCAACUAUGCCUAUGUUUCAGGAUGUCAAAUCUCACACUAUUAAGAGGGGGAAGUCAUUCUCCAAACCACUAAGAAUCAUUCCAUGACAGCCAAGAAAACGUCUUGAACAAAAUAUGGAUAAAGUACACAUGGAUAACUGAAAAUAUGUAAGAAUGGUCAUAGUCUUGUCAAAUUGACAUUAGUUUUUCAGGUGAACAUAAACCAAAACUCAGAGGUUCAUGUUAUGCCUAUGUUAAAUAUGUUUUUGUAAAGCCAUUCUAUAAGUGCAAUAAACUAUUAAUUGAAUUUAAAGUAUAUUACAUUACAAUAGUUUAGACAGGUUUUAAAAGGUGUAAAUCAAAUAAAUGGAAUUUCAGAUGUUAAAAGCUCACAAAUGAGAAAUUAUUUGUUUUUACAUAUCAAUUACACAAUAUUCAGCACCACAUUGUAUGGAAUCCAUCUUCAACUUGCUUGAAGAGCACAGAAUGUAGCGCAUAGUAAAAUACAGAUUUUUCAACCAUG